GGGCAGAAGGGAGUUGUCUUGUGGCUUACAGUUGCUUGCCUGACUGUAAGGAAGUAGCCUGCUGAGGUAGUAGCGGAGCUGAGCUGAGCUCAGCUUUCUUAGUAAGAGCAGCCUGGGCUGUGCCGUGGAGAAGGAGGACGUUGUAUCAGAGCUGGACCCGGUGACUGUGUGGGAGUGAUGUUACCUCUGUAGAAUGGACUGAACUGACAAGGGCAGUCUCUGCCCAGGUGGUGUGUCAUCUUUGGUCACCAGGUCCCAUGAGGACCUGGGCAACAUGGUGCCCACCGGCCAGAUGGCAGAAAAGCAGGCAGGCGAAGAGCCCAGGCAGGACCAUGAGCUUCAGUCAUGGCGGUGCCUAGUGUUCUAUCUCUGCUUCUUUGGAUUCAUGGCACAGUUGCGUCCUGGGGAGAGCUUCAUCACACCUUACCUCCUGGAAUAUCACAACUUCACACAGAAGCAGGUGGCCAAUGAGAUCAUCCCAGUGCUGCCCUACUCCCACCUGGCCGUGCUGGUGCCAAUCUUCCUGCUCACCGACUACCUGCGGUACAAGCCGGUCCUGGUCCUGCAAUGCCUGAGCUUCGUGUGCGUGUGGCUGUUGCUGCUGCUGGGCCGCGCCGUCAUCCACAUGCAACUCAUGGAAUUCUUCUACAGCGUCACCAUGGCUGCACGCAUCGCCUACUCCUCUUACAUCUUCUCCCUGGUGCACCCCUCCCGCUACCAGCGCAUGGCCAGCUACUCUCGGACAGCGGUGCUGCUGGGAGUCUUCAUCAGCUCCGUGUUGGGCCAGGUGCUGGUCACCCUGGGACAAAUCCCCCUCAGGAUACUCAACUACAUCUCCCUGGGCUUUAUCGUCUUCAGCCUAGGCCUCUCCCUCUUUCUAAAGCGUCCUAAGCGCAGCCUCUUUUUCAACCGCAGUGCGCUUGUCCACGGAGCUUUGCCCUGUGAGCUGGACCAGAUGCACCCGGGCCCUGACCGACCAGAGCCUGGGAAACUAGGGCGUGUGCUGGCCACUUGCAGGGACUCCUUCCUGGUGCGCAUGCUAAGGGAACUGGUGCACGAUGUGUGGCAACCGCAGCUGCGCCUCUGGUGCCUCUGGUGGAUCUUCAACUCUGCAGGCUACUACCUGAUCACCUACUAUGUACAUGUCCUGUGGAAAAUAACUGACAGCAGUGUCACCUACAACGGUGCCGUGGAUGCCGCCUCCACCCUGCUGAGCGCCAUCAUGUCCUUCUACGCGGGUUUCGUGAAGAUUCGCUGGGCUCUGUGGUCAAAGCUGGUCAUCGCAGUUGUUAUAGCCAUCCAGGCUGGGCUGGUUUUCUGUAUGUCGGUCGGGAACAUCUGGAUAUGCUACGUGGCUUUCGUGCUUUUCCGUGGGGCCUACCAGUUCCUUGUGCCCAUUGCCACUUUUCAGAUUGCAUCUUCCCUGUCUAAAGAGCUCUGUGCAUUGGUCUUUGGGAUCAACACGUUUCUCGCCACUGCGCUCAAGACAUCCAUCACACUUAUUGUCUCUGACAAGCGGGGUCUGGGCCUCUCGGUUGACUCACAGUUCCUUGUCUACUUCGUGUACUUCCUGGUGCUGUCCAUCAUCUGCUUUGCGGGAGCCGGGCUGGAUGGCUUGAGGUACUGCCGACGAGGUCGCCACCAGCCCCUGCCCUUGGCCCAGGAGCUGAGGAGUCCCUUGGAGAAUUCUGUGCAGGUGCUAAGCGGGCAGGACGGAGGCCUAAGGGGACUGCAGCCCUCAGCGCCACAGCUGUUGUCAGAGGACGACAAGGAAGACAGCAUGGCAGACUUGAGAGCCGAAGCCAAGGCCUGAACCCAUCUUGACCUUCCUAGCCUCGUCUCAGUUUAGCAGGCAGAUUCCGGACUCAGGGGCAGCCCUUCCUAGGUGCACUCCAUCCUGAACAAAGCUGGGCCUGAUGCUGCAGACAAGACUCCCAGUCUAUACUGUCUUGAGUUCUAGUGCCCAAGACGUGGGGGGCCCUUCUGUUGUCUCUCAGGGGCCCUCAGGCUACAGGGGCCACCUGCUUUAACUUAGCCUGUGAGGGCUCUAAACCCAGCCUACUUCCUGGCCAUAGCCAUGGCCAGAGCCUGCUUCGGACAGUCAGGGCAGCCACCUGGCCUGGUGAAUGAUAUGCCAGGCCACUGUGAGCCUGGGUUGCCUAUUGCUUGCCAAGAGGAGCCUGUGUUGGGGUCAGCUAUGCCCACCAGGCCAGGCUGCCCUCAGCCCGGGGAGGCUCAGAACAAAUCAUGACUGACCCAAGGGCUAUUGGGGCAGCCCAGACCAGCCAAGGCUGACCCUGCAGGGUGCUGGUCCUUCUGUGUGGGGGAGACGCCUGUCUUGGGCUCCUGACUAAGCUGUCACACCUCCAUCAUCAGAGGUGCUUGUCUGAAUGAUUAUCUGGUCUUUUUUAAACAAAACAAAAACCCUGACAUUAAAAUGGAGAACUAUA